AUGGUGAACGUCGCGAAGUUGGCCCCGGAGCCGUAUUGCGGCGGCCCGGCGGGCGCCGAGGGCGAACCGCCGAGCCUCGACUCCUUCCCGUCGCUCCGCACCGCGGUCGCCCGGUCGUCCCGGACCUUCGACGUCAAUCACCUGCCGCUGGAUUUACAGAGAGUCGUCGCCGACCUGACGGAGAAGUAUGAUAGGAAGUACGCUUUAUGUGUUGCCUUCACGAUCCGGACGGCCGUCGAGCUUCACAGGGGGUGGCACAUGACGUUGCUCACGUCGAAAAUUAUGCAGCAGCUCAAGGACCGCUUCGACCUUAGCUUGACCUGGAAGCUCGGCGUGUUACGCUUAGAAUUCCGCCUCGACGAGGGCAAUUACGAGCUGCAUCGCAAGGUGCCCUACGACUACGACUCGGAGUUCCAGGACAAGUACACGCGCAUCGCCGAGGCCCUCAUGGCGGGGCACAUUGAUGUUGAAAGAGCCUUACAAUAUCAAGUCGAGGUGAAGCGCGGCGACCACACGGCGUGCUCCGGAAGGUUCUUCCGCGCGCCGCCGGGACGACUCGUGAUCUACCCGUUCCUCGCGAACACGUGCUGCGUCAUUUUCUUUGGCGGCGACUGGCGCGAUUUCUGGGUCACGACGGUCUGCGGCAUAGUCACGGGACUCAUCGAGGUCGCCUGCGACAGCGCCGGGCCCAUGGGCGGCAUGGUGAAAGACACGGUCGUCGGCACGGCGACGGGCAUAAUUGGGGGAUUGGCGUACCAGCACUUCGGGGGCGAGUUGUGCCUGGCGUCUAUUUUUUUAGGGACGUUGUAUUGGUUCUUCUACGGGACGGCUUUUGUGAUUGGUCUGCUGGAGAUCAUUGCAGGGGAAUUAGAAACUGGAGUGACCCGGUUCAUCGCCGUCUCCGUCAAGACCUUUGUCUUGUGUCUCGGGGCGUCCUUCGGCAUGGUGAUAACCUUCCAGGACGCUAAUGCAAGGUGGGAUGGAAGUUUUGCGCACUGCGGCAGGAUCAACCUCCAGCAGCAGUGGUGGCGCGUACCCCUGUAUCUGGCGUGUUCCUUGGCGGCGUUGAUGCAGUACCGGUUCCCGGUCGUGGACUACUGGCGGGGCCUCACGGUGCAGCUCGCCGCCUACGAGGCCCAGUACCAGGUCUUUCGGCACUUCGCGAAGAACCACGCGCGGGACAACAUGGACUCGGCGACGGCAAACGUGGCCGGAGCCGUCGCGUCCGUGAUCACGGCCUGCUUGUUAUCCUACGUGGUGGACAACGGAUUUAGACGGCCCUACUACAACCGGAUGAUGAGCGACGGGACGGCGGAGUCGGCGUUCGACCGUUUUGCCGCCAAUUUGGUGACGAGCUUCACGAGGAUCUUCCACGUGUGCGGUCUCGGGCGGGCGACAGAACUCAAGAAGCUGCAGCUCGCCGCGAAACUAAAAGAUCGCGUCAACGACGUCUUGGACCCAACAACGUCGACGACAGAAGUAGUGUUCGAGGAGGGCGAAGAAAGUGCCUUAGUCGAGGCGAUCGUCGGCGCCCAGGACUUGUCGGUGUGGGCGACGCUCAUGCCCGCCGUCUACCAGCUCGUGCCGGGCUCGAUGAUCGCGAAGCUCUGGUUCAGCAUCAUCUACCCGCCGGAGCUCGCGGUCGUCGAGGGAAGCUACGUCCUGCAGAACAACGUGUUUAGCGAUCUGAUGGUGCCGGCUCGUGUGGAACUUAAUCGUGUCAUUUUUACGCCAUCGACGCGACGUCAGCUCGACAAUUUUCACGCCAUCGACGCGCGUUGGCUCGAUAAUUUCCACGCCAUCGACGCGACGUCGGCUCGACCACACAGGUAACAGCUACCUCGCUUGCUUUAGGGUUGAUCCUGGGCUUCGUCGUCGUCCGCGUCGGUGCCUCGUUUUUCUACUGGCUCUGUUUCUGCGGCUGCGGGCCGCCCUGCUCCUCGCCAUGGGCGAAGCUGAAGGUGGGCAAUGGAAAUCCUGUCGACGUCGAGUCGGACACGACGCGGCCGGCGAUGAGCGCCGCAUGGGGAGAUCUACGCGCCCACUUCCUGACGACGCGAAUCGUCACCCGAGCACUCGCCGGGUUCAGCCCCAACGACGACCCACGUGACGAUCCACGUGUUCUCGACAAGGAGCGAUAA